UCUUCUGUCCUCUCCCUCUCUAGCACUGAGGAUGAAAAUAAAAGAAGUGAAAAAAGAAAACGGAGACAAAAAGAUUGUCCCCAAGAAGAAGAAGCCCCUGAAGCUGGGGCCCAUCAAGAAGAAGGACCUGAAGAAGCUCGUGCUGUACCUGAAGAAUGGGGCCGACUGUCCCUGCCACCAGCUGGACAACCUCAGCCACCACUUCCUCAUCAUGGGCCGCAAGGUGAAGAGCCAGUACUUGCUGACGGCCAUCCACAAGUGGGACAAGAAAAACAAGGAGUUCAAAAACUUCAUGAAGAAAAUGAAAAACCACGAGUGCCCCACCUUUCAGUCGGUGUUUAAGUGAUUCUCACGGGGGCGGGGUGGGGAGGGAGCCUCAGGUUGGGGGGGCGGGGGGACAGCGCCCCAGGAACCCGGUGGGUCACACACACGCACUGCGCCUGUCAGUAGUGGACAUUGUAAUCCAGUCGGCUUGUUCUUGCAGCAUCCUGCUCCCUUCCCUCCAUAGCCACGCUCCAGACCCCAGGGUAGCCACGGCCGGGUAAGGCAAGGGCCAUUUAGAUUAGGAAGGCUUUUAAGAUCCACAAGGUAGAGCAGCAGCCACCCCGCAGGAGGAGGUGACAAACCAUUUCCACCAGCGACGCAGACACUGAAGUACAAAAAGGGGGACUGGGCAGAAAGUGAAAGCCAGAACAAACUGUUUUCCAACUUGUUGGUGUUGAUCUACUGGCUGAUCUCUGCCUUUCAGCUAGAACAUUCUAAUAACUGGCAAGUCAUGUUGAUUUCAGGUCGAGUCGUUUCUUUCUGUCUGCUUUAGGUGGAAACAGACCCAUACCACACUUACAGUUAAGGUCAAGGCCAGAAAGUGAUAGGCACGGGGGGCGGAGGGGGGGGGGGAAGUGCAAAUCCAUUACGUAAUAGUGACAGCAAAGGGACUGGGAGAGGCAUCGCCGACUCUGCCCACCGUCUUUCCUUGUGAUUGUCUUUGGAUCCAAAUCAGCCAGUCUCAGAUGCUCUGAAAGUUCAGUUUCUAUGAGCCCAGGGCACAGCCUUAUCCCCCAGACAUGUGGAGGGGCAGCCUUUGUGUCAGAAAAAGGAAACCACAGUGAACCUGAGAGAGACGGCAAUUUUGGGGCUGAGAAGGCAAUGUCUGGUAGUUUUCAAAACGCAUAGUUAAAAAAGAAACAAAUAAAAAAAAAUUUUUAGAACAGUCCAGCAAAUUGCUAGUCGGGGCAAAUUGUGAAAUUGGCUGAAAAGCUUAGGAUUCUAAUCUCAUGCUUGUUCCUUUUCACAUUUUUAAAAGAACGACAAACACCCACUGAUUUUUCAAGGUUUUAAAAAAGUCUACUUUGAACAUUUGAACAUUAUGCUAGAACAAGCUCUCCUGAUCCGUCCCAGGCUGCUUUCCCGAAGAGCAGCUCUCCCCAGGCCUUUGCCAAGGGAGGCGGAUUUUCCUGGUGGUGCAGCCGGAGCCAUGUGGCCCUCCUUCCUGAAGAGUCCUGGGUUGCCCUAGAACCUAACGCCCCCCCCCAGGCAAAACUCACAGUGCUUUCCAUUGUUUCCUUUCCAGUAAAGAAACAAUUCUUUGAACCUGAUUGCCUAUAGAUCAAAGACAUUUGGAACAGCCUGCCUGUCCGUCCCCCUGCACUUUUUACAUACUUUUUUUCACUUCUGCAGAUGGAAAGUUGACAAGGGUGGGGUGUCCCCAUCCAGCGAGAGAGUUUCAAAGACAAAACAUCUCUACAGCUUUUCCCAAGUGCCCUGAGAUAUUUCUCAAAGCCCUUAUGUUUUAUCAGCGAUGUACAUAAGCCAGUUCACUUCGGCAAAUUUACCCCUCCUGUCCAGUGUACCGGAAGUAGUUCUAAAACAAUUCAUAUUAAUUUUUCCCCCGAAGUCGGAUUCUUAAUUCUCUGCAACUCUUUGAGGACCUUUGUGAUCGUCCAUCUGGGCCAAUGCUUAUACCCAGUGAGGAUGCUGCAGUGAGGCCAUGAAGUGACCCCUGUGGCCCUGAACUGACCUGGAGGAAGGGAUGGUAGAUUCUGUUAACUGUUGAAGAUUCCAGUAUGAAAUCAGCAUGCCCACCUAGUUACCCACCUGAGAGUUAUUCUGAUAUAAUUAACCCCUCACAAUUAGUGAUCCUAUCCUUUUAAUCCUUUUUUUGUGGGGUUCUCUCUGACCUUUCAUCGUAAAGUGCUGGGGACCUUAAGUGAUUUGCCUGUGAUUUUGGAUGAUUAAAAAGAUGUGUAUAUAUAUUAGCUAAUUAGAAAUAGUCUACUUUUCUGUUGUCAAACAAAUUCAGAGCAAGUUCUUGAGUGCAUGGAUCUGGGUCUUAGUUCUGGUUGAUUUCACUCAAGUGUUCAGUGCUCGUAUGUAUCUGCCUGUUUUGACAAAGUGCCUCAUGCAACCAGGCCCUCUCUCUGCAGCAGAGUCCUUGGUGGCAGAGUCCUUAGUGGAGGGGUUUAUCUGGGACGUUAGCAAUGACCACAGAGUAUGGAAGGGCAGGUGGCUGUGCUGUGUAGCUCUCUAAAUGGGAAUACUCAGGUAGGAAGUGACAGCUUCAGAAAGAGCUCCAAAUGAAUUGGAAAUGUGAAUCACAGCUGUGGAUUUUAUUACCGCCUCAGAGACCUAGGACUUUGAGUUCCAUUAGUUACUUUAAUGAAGACUGUAGACCCAUAGAUGCUUUGUCUCUAUCACAUCAGCAAUUUCAGAACCAAAAGGGAGGCUCUCUGUAGGCCCAGAGCUACACUAUCACGAACCUUUGUUUUUCUCCACAAAGUAUCUAACAAAACCAAUGUGCAGACUCAUCGGCCUGGUCAUUGGUUUCCGAGAAGGAUGUCUGCAUGUGAUUUGCCAAUUAUCACUAGGGCCAAGGUGGGUUUUGUAAAGCUUUACAAUAAUCAUUCUGGAUAGAGUCCUGGGAGGUCCUCGGCAGAACUCAGUUAAAGCUUAGAAGAGUAUUUGUCGUUAUCUUAGAAGAUAGCAUGGGAGGCGAGGAUUCCAAGAACAUUUUAUUUUUAAAGUAUCCUGUGUAACACUUGGCUCUUGGUGCCUGUGGGUUAGCAGCAAGUUCUCCCCAGGGCAGAAUUCAAUCAGAGCUCCAGUUUGCAUUUGGAUGUAUAAAUUACAGCAAUCCCAUUUCCCAAACCUAAAAUCUGUUUUUCUCAUUAGACUCCAAGUAACCAGUUGCUGUGUCAUAACUUCAUAGAUGCAGGAGGCUCAGGCAUCUGUUUCAGGAGAGCACCCUAGGCAGCCUGCAGGGAAUAACGUACUGACCAUUCUGACCUGUUACCAGCAGAUACACAGGACACGGAUGAAAUUCCCGUUUCCUCUAGUUUCUUUCUGUAGUACUCCUCUUUUAGAGCCUAAGUCUCUUGCAAAAGCUUUGAAUACUGUGAAAAUGUUUUACAUUCCAGUUCACUUGUGUUUUUUUUUUUUAACUGCAUUUUACCAGAUGUUUUGAUGUUAUCGCCUAUGUUAGUAGUAAUUCCCGUAUGUGUUCAUUUUAUUUUCCUGCUUUUUCAGCCAUGUAUCAAUAUUCACUUGACUAAAAUCACUCAAUUAAUCAA